AUGGCAGGCAAGGCGUUCGAGGAAUGGACGGUUGAGGAGCCGUACCUCAACAUUCACUGCAGUCUUGGCGAGGGUCCAUACUAUGAGAAGGCGACCAACACGCUGCGUUUUGUCGAUAUCAUAGAGCAGCGCAUACAUACUGUCAGCCUCACUGACGGACCCGACUCUGUAAAGACGCUUCAGCUGGACAGCCCAGUCGGUGUGACUGCGGACGUAGAAGGUUUCGAUCCGCAGGAGAAGAUACUCGUAGGAUUGAAGUACGGCAUUGCACUCCUGGACCGGAAGACGGGCAAGUAUGAAUAUCUCACCAAAUUUGCCGCUCCCGGUGACGAGGACAAUGAUCGACUGAGAGGCAAUGAUGGCAAUGUUGACGUCCACGGCCGAUUCUGGAUUGGUUCCAUGACAGAUUUCAACAAGGGAGACUUUCGUCCUGAAGGCCACCUCUUCCGCUUCGACGGCGGUAAGUCGAGGGAAACAAUCAAGGGUGAUAUCACUAUUCCCAACAGUAUCAGCUGGUCGCCGGAUAACAAUAUUCUAUACUUCACCCACUCAACAGCAAGAACUGUCCAUGCUUUUGACUACUCAGAGGAUGGUAGUGUUUCCAAUGAGAGGGUCUUCUAUCAGCACGAUGGACCGGGCGAGCCCGACGGCCACCGUAUCGACGUAGAUGGAAAUAUGUGGCAUGCUGUGUACGGCGAGAGCCGAGUCCUCAAGAUCUCCCCGGAGGGCAAGCUCAUUGGUCAGAUCAAUCUACCGACAAAGAACAUCACCUGCUGCGAGUUUGUUGGUACGGAGCUGUUCAUCACUACUGCUGGCAAUGCCGAUGGUGAGGGCAAGAGCAAAGACUACGGGGGUGCGUUGUUCCGCGUGGAUGUUGGUACCACUGGACUCAAGCCAUAUCAAUUCAAACUCGCCGCAUAG